AUGAGCCAACUCAACUCCCGCCCAACACGCUCUCGUCGAUCCAGUCCUUUUGUUUCCGCACAACGCAACUCGAACUCUUCUCCAGCUACUGCCGCAGAUACAGGUCGAAAAAGAACGUUUAUGGACAAAUGGACGGAGCCUCCUAUUCCCACGCCUUUGCCGUCUUUCGCAGAAGCUGGAAUGGAGAGGCACGGAGUGGUCGCAAAUAUGGCACCACUUGGAACGCGACCGAGCGCAAAAGCCGUCAAAUCUUCUGCCAAGUCAGAGGCAGCAGAUGCGAAUGGGAGCAGACCUAAUGGUGUCAUAGAAGUGGUGGAUGAUGCUCCUCCCUCUUUAUCGGCCACACCUCAAGAAGCAAUGGACACUACAGAACCUACCUCGAACGUUUCACGACGAAGGUCGACAUCUACAAGGAUUGAGGAUACUGAGCAUGCUUCGCCUUCGACUCCGCAACAUCCAAGAAGUGCACGAAAAAGCAUUACUAGAUCGAGUGUCGCACCUCAAAGCGUACGCAACGAAAGCGAAGGACCUAGCAUGUAUGCGACUUCUCCUGCUCAACGCACACCUCUCCCACACGAGUCACCUUCUCUAGGUUCUUCUUAUCAUAAUCACAAGAUGAAUUAUACGUAUGAUGAAAGAGAUGAGGCUCGUCAAAGGGAGGGACGGGCUCGGGCAGCCGAGGCGGCUUUCCGCAGAAAAACUGCCAGGAUGGUGGAAUUAGCUGUAUCCCAAGCCAUCGAGGAGCAGCAUUGGUGUACUGCUUUUGCUUUACGAGAACUAUUCGACGAGGAUCCAGAGAAUUUUGGUGCACUUGUUGAAAAAGUGGUUUACGAGGAGGCUACUGAAGAGGAGAUUCGGGAUUUUACCAGAUUGAUUUCAGUCAAGAAAAAGGAAGGUAGAAAGGACAAGACGGCUGAAUAUUAUUUCAACGGAGAUGGUAGUGACCCCGCACCUCAUCGACCGCGACGUCCUCAAGCUCCACCACCGCCACCGGCCCAAGCUAUGAUUUUCCAACCUUUCAAACCAAUAUUUGAGACACAAAGACCUACGUACUCCUCGCCAUAUGCUUCCCCAUAUGCUUCGAUAUAUGCUCAGCCACCCCCACCUCCACCAGCUGCUUCUACCAAGAAAGAGACAAGAGCAGUAGCAGCUGAUUCUGUUAGGCGUCCAUCAGACGUUAAACCAUCCUCUACAUCUGUAUCUCCACGGAAUCAGGGGGAUCAUGCUCUUUAUCCUAAUAAAAAGCACAAAGCAAAUAGUUUUACAGCUACAAAUGAGGAAGUCAACGAUAAGUCAAUUGCAAGUGCAAGUGGCGUUGAUGGAAUCAAGAAGCAACAGAACGGGGUUGCGUCGGCUUCUUCUGGUGCAAUUUUAUCAUCCCCACCACCAAAAUCAUCGGACCGUCCGAGAGCAGUCUCAAUCUCAAGCUCUUCAUCAUUGUCAUCAGUUGACGAACAAAUUCUUGAUAAUGAAGAAUAUAGUCCUAUGGAUUUUGACCACGCUCCUAACCAUGCUGGUGCAACUAAAUCUUUGAAGGGUUCCGGAAAAUCCAAGGGACAGGGUAUUGUGGAAGCGGGUAACGCCAAUGCCAACGCGAAAUUUGGUGCAUCCGUUUCAACCGAGACCCAGUCAAAUGUGGGAGGGUCAAUCAAUCAAAAGCAGCCAAUCAAAUCGAGAGAUUUGUCUAGGUUCGAAUCCGAUACAAUUUCAACCAAGGCAAACAAAACCAAUAAUAAAAGUCGAGCUCUAAACAAAUCUAAAACUUCGUCACCUGCGCAUCCAUCCUUCCAAGCCAUUAAUAUCCCGACCAGAUCUCAUAACACAACCAUAAAUUUAAGUUCUGGCGUUGAUACGGAAAAUAUUCAGGCUAAUUCAAAUAUGGCACCUGAAUUAAUACGUACCUCAUCGUCUUCUUCUGUUGGAUCAGUACCAAUAUUGAAGCCAGUGGUGCCUAAAAAGCCACAGAUCGUAUUCAAAUCAAAGAAGAAGCAGGCAAUUGAUCGCCCUACUUAUGAAGAGAGCGAAUUGGUUGGUAAAUGGAAGCGCCAGGCGCGACAAAUUACCAAUGGUAUUACUGAGGAAAUACGCACUGAAAGCUUUGUACGUCCUCAUAUAGAGCCUAGAAGUGUAACACCUCCAGUUCGAGCUAUUGAAUACACAUCUGAUGGAGGAGAUUCUGUGUCUGUUCCUACCGCUGCCGCUGCAACUUCUAAUCGUCCAGCCAAAACUAUUCGACUGAUCAAUAAGAAUGAACGAGCCAGCAGAAGACAAACCACUACUGCCUCUGUUAACAAUUAUGAUUCGGAAAUGAGUUCACCCACCGGACUUGGAUUUCAACCAGAUUUACCUCCUGGAUCGUUACCAAAUUCUCGUGCUGGCACACCCUCAUCUAAUCGACCAUCUAGAAAGGCAAAGAAUGGCACUGGUCUACGUGUCAAAACUUCACCAAUGAAGAAAAAGAGUGGCCCUUCAGCUGGUAUCCCAAGAGCGAGCGGUGAGCGGAAUAGUCCAGUUGGAGGUUAUUAUACAAAUCAACCGACUGAUGGAGAUAACGAUGACUAUUGUACGUCUUGUGGCGGCAAUGAAUGGUAUUGUUAUGAAUGUCUUGGGAACAACGUUCCUCGAUCGAAGGAUGAGGAAGUUGGAUUUUUUGGUCCUUUGUUGGCAGAAUUGGAGAGAAAGAAUCCAAGUGCUUUCUAUCUCCCAUUAGCAAUUCGGGAAUAUUUCGAAAAUGUCAAAACUGGAACUGAAGGAGAGUACGAAGAAGGUGUUGUACAAAAGCCAAAAAAUAAUCGUGGUUAUGAUGAAGCUCCGGAUUACUUCAAAUUGAAGGACAACAAAGGAAAUCCAAUUCUCUGUCAUAACUGUCACCUCUCAGCGUCUCAACCAAGUCGAGCAAUCAUUCCAUGUUCUUAUUGUAGUCUCUCAUGGCAUUUGGAUUGUUUAGAUCCUCCACUUGCGAAAGAACCCCCACCUGGAAAAUCUUGGAGAUGUCCAGCUCAUGUUGAUGACCUUCUCGAGAAAGUACCAGGAUCUUUAGGUCCAGCUCAUCGUUUCCGAAAGAUCAAAGGGGCUUCACUCAUUAAACCUGUCCUUGCUCGUGGCAUUAGAAAUAAUGGUCAUAUUGAGGUUGAGAACACUGCCUCUGAAGAUGAAGAUCAAGGUAGUGGGUUUUACGAGCAGAGAGAGUAUGGACAUGUGUAUAAGCUUCCAGAAGAGGGUAUCAAGCUUGACUUCAUUUCACGUAUUCAUCGUGAAUUUGGACAAUACAAUCAACGAAGCUUUACCAACAAUAGGACCUCUAUUCCGAAGCCACGAUCACAAACCGUCGAUUUUAGCAGGCGUGACAUUGAUGAACAGCAAGCUGCUCUCAAUCUUGCAUAUCUGGCCACAGCAAAUCCAUCAAUUAAUCUUACGCAAAGUCUAAUUGAUGCCUUAAUUUCCGAAGCCGAUGAACCUGUUAUCAAGUUAAUAGCACAAGGAGAUGCGUCAAAGCUUUCCAAGAAUAAGCCAUUAACUCAAGCUGACAAAUCAUCUUUGGUGGCUAUGACAGCUUUUCUGCAAGAGCGUCUGGCUUCUACCGUUAACGAUAGAGAAGUUGAGGGUAGCCGUAUGGAGGUUGAUGAUGAGGAAAGUCUGAUUGGACGUGUUGAUGAUUCUGAUGAAUAG